AUGUCUUCCGCAACACCAGCCGAGGACCCUAACGCGCGGCGUAAACGGCCAGGCCGGAAGUAUACGUCACGGGCAUGCGAGGAAUGCCGCCGACGAAGGGCCAAGUGCGAUGGCAAUCGGCCGUCAUGCUCGCGGUGUCUGGACCGUGGAUUGCGAUGCCAGUACUCCACCGCUGAAGAUGGGAGACAGCCUGCACCGAAGGCUUAUGUCGUGAUGCUGCGGAACAGGAUCGAGCUGCUGGAACGUGUUUUGCGCUCCCACGGCAUCGAUGCAGACGCCUCUGUGGCUCAGCUGAUGGCCGAGGAUGGGAUUCCGAAUCAUCAGGCCGAGCCCGAAUGGGCAGCUGCGGGGUCCAAUAAUGUCGAGGACCUGUGUGGCACCUUUGACGGCGCAUUAACCCUGGACGAGUCUUUGAACUUCGAUCAAGAUGGCGAAGUCAGGUAUUUUGGCCCUACUAGUGGAAGACUCUUGUUCCGUUCUUCAACAGGCGGCUCUCCUAAUGAGGAAUCAUAUUCAACCGAUGCGUCAUGCACCGCUUGCUCGGGAAAUACCCCAGAAUGUGCGGUGUCGACAGUCAGUCCUUGUCAAUAUCCCACGGAACAGAAUCCCAACCUCCCGGAUGAAACGUGGCUAUCAGAUGAGCUCCAAGCUCAUUUGAUUGAUUUGUAUUUUGAAUGGGAACAGCCAUGGUUUCAAAUGUUGAAUGAAACACUGUUUCGAGAAAGUAUGGCCUGUGGCGGCCGAUAUUGCAGUCCUUUGCUGCUGAACUGCAUACUUGCCGUGGGAUCACGAUAUUGCGAUCGCAUCGAAGUGCGAACAGAUCCAAAUGAUCCCAAUACGGCAGGGAAAAUUUUCAUUUGCAAGGCAGAAAGGCUUAUACAGCAUGAUUUGAGAUGGCCCAAGAUCACGACAAUUCAAUCGCUUGCAAUAAUGGGCGUGUUCUAUAUUGCAACCGGAUCUGAUGCAGCUGGCUGGCUUCAUCAGGGUAUGGCAAACCGCUUAGCUUUGGACAUGGGACUCAACAUGGACCCGGCUGUUCUUGCAGGGGCUGUCUCCUUACCGCCAAUUGAGAUUGAACUCAGAAGGCAAAUCUACUGGGCUCUUUACUGUCAUGACAAACUAUCCGCCAGCUAUACUGGUAGAGUCUGUACGUUACUGGACUCUCAGGGUGUCGUCAACAAGCCAUAUCUACAAUGCGCGACAAGCACCUUCUUGCCUUCUGCCAAAGGCAACGGCCAGCUUCGAGCGUUCUCCCAAAGGGAAGUUGUUAAACUGCAUCAGGCAAUGAUUGAUUUAUGUCGGAUCCUGGAAAAGAUCCUCCACUCACUAUGGUCACCCAAACCCCUCAUCCACGCCCAUCAACGAUCGGCCUUCUUUGACUCUUGCAUCCUCGAGCUGAAAACUUGGUACUACGAUCUUCCAUCGGAAUUGAAGAUCGAUCGAUCAACCGGGCCAUCCCGCUUUCCCCACGCCUAUACGAUGUUGAUGGUAUACCACACGGCAUUCAUUUUGCUGUGCGGUCCCUUCAUUAGCAAACAUACCCAUGGAAGCGAGAAAAAUGAGACCGGCAAACAAAAGUUCCACGAAGAAAAAAAGACUUCAGACCACUCCCGAACAGAAAAGGCUCUUGCCAGCUGCGGCUCAUCCAUCCGAGCAAUGUGUAUUGUCAUACAAAAGUAUAGACAAACAUUUGGCAACUUCAAAUUAAGCGCCAUUACCGCAACAUACUGCACCCUGUCCGCUGCCUUGACGAUCAUCGAGAAUUGCUGCACAAUGGAGAACAAGACGAAACCGAGCCCAAGCGAAGAUGGCCAGCGGAGUAUCUCGCCCCAUGUCGCUGUAGGGCUCUGUCUCCAGGUUCUCCGCGAACUGUCGACAUCGUGGAAUAUCGCAAAGCGAAUUGGCCGGAAUCUGGAGAAACUGUAUACUCAACGGUUUGGCUCGGAUCAUGUUCUCUCCCCGCCCCAAAAAUGCGAUUUUGCAGCUUACGAGGUGGCGUCAAAACUUGCCGGUGCGGAUGUCUCAUGGGAUGUUAAUGCUCCCCCACUUGAAACAUUUGAUGGGUUCUUCGAUGCAAAGAAUAUGCUGCCUGAAAAUUCUCUUUCAUUGAAUUUCGACGAUCCUGUUACAGCCCAGAAUGCCUACUUGGAUCGCAUGACUGCUCCAGCAUUUGAUAAUGCCUAUCCUGUCUCAUUGGCGAACUUUCCCAACUCGGAUGAACUGUUUGCCAAUAAUCUUGGGUUUGCAUUCUCUCCAGACUGCUUACCAAGCGACUACAAUAUGUUUGACACGCUGAACCAAAUGUACCUAGAAGAGAUGUGGUGA